AUGAUGACCCCAUAUAGGGGUAGAGGCCGCGGUUAUGACCGUGGUGGGAGAGGGAGUAACAAUAUGUUACCCCAGGCAGAAUCAAACAUUCCUCUAAUAGGGGAUUUGACUACUGUCUACAAAGGCAGAAAAAUACAGCAAUUACCUGCAUCCUCAGCAAAAAAGGAAGAUAUUGCUUCCUAUUCCUCUAAUAAAACUACAUCCUACAAGGAAGUUGCGGUUAAUAACCCACCUCAAGAACAAAUGAAUUAUUUUAAAAAUCCAGUAACUGAGAAAAUCAUGUAUAUUGAUGAUGAAGAUAUUAAGAUAAAUCCAAAUGAUGGUUGGUCUAUCAAGACUAGAUACCUCGAAUCAAGAGGAUAUCCAGGUCUUCAUGGAAAAUCUAGGCCCAACCUAGAAAUUCUCCUGACUGUUAUCGAAUCAGUAACAAUUACCCACCAUUACUAA